AUGAUUGGACUUGGGGGCACCGGUGCUCAACAGUCAAAGGUGCGCCAUGAGUUGUUUGCAGUGGCUGAGUUGUUGGAAGUUUGCAGCAUCGGUCACGAAGACUGCGCCUUUGCUGCUGGGUCCAUUGCUGGUGCACCCUUGAGAGUGAGCUGGUUCCUGGUGAUUUUCUUCAUCAAACAACUUGUGGAUGCUGUCAAUGAGCAUCAGCUGCCGCUAUGGGUCGGAUGGGAUACGGUGCGUGUCACCCUGGUAACGGGCAAUGAGCUCCUUCUCUUGGGGACGGUGCUUUGCCACGAGAUGGGUCAUGGAACCAUGGCGCGGCGCUGUGGCGGCACAAUUGCCGAGGUAUUGCUAUGGCCCUUCGGUGGCAUUUGCUUCACUACGAGACCCUCAGGGCGCAGCCCCCGAGAAAAACUCGUGGACGACUUGUACAUCGUGGCGGCAGGACCUGCUACCCACUUCCCAAUGUCUGGUGCUUGGGUGGCGCUCCUCGCGGCGUAUGCAGCUGCUUGCAGUCAUGUUGUGACACCGUCUGCGUGGAAGUAUCUAGGAAAGGACCCCUACCAUUCCAGCACUGGCUGUCUAUGUCCCCCUGGGAAGCAGAACUGGGUUCCGCAGAAGAAGGAACGCUCCAAAGGACCACCCAGCCCUGCGAAAGGUGACCUUCCCGACGUGGUCUGCGACUGCGGCGCGCUGCGCUCCCGCGCCACGAAGGCACCGGACCGGCUGCUGCCGUGUUCCUGCGGCGCGGCGGCCUGUGAUGCACCGAAGUCUGCGAAGCUGACCAUCGACCGCAAUCCGUGCGCCUGUUUUAAGUGGAUGCACUGGCAUCUUCCGGGAGAACAUUUGGAAUGCACUGAUGGUUACCAGAAUGCUGGUAUUGAGGACGGAGCCAAGCUGAUCGUUUGCUCACUUCAGUUGCCGUGCUCUCAGAAUACUGCGGCGUCUCAGCAGAGGCUAAGAGUUUGCAUCCUGGGUGGCACCGCUUUCUUGAACACUGAGUCUGCAGACCUUGUCAAGGCUAGGGGGUCAGAAGCGGAUGCUCGCUUCGCAGGGCAGGGGGUGAUCUUUAUCACCUGUGGACAGCAGGGGAUUCAGGAGGCCUUCGCCAAAGGAUGCGGGGACGGAACCCUGGUCAGGAAUUUGCUUGUGCAGGGGGAGCCGAGCCACUACCGAGCUGGUCAGGACAUCGUGGUUGCCAGAGAUGCGGAUUCCGUGAAGAAACUCUUCUUGGAGGUGGGAGACGUCUACAUCACCGUGGAGGGCGGUCCCGGAGUGGCACAAGAUGCCCGGAUGGUCAUGGCACGUAGUGCCCAUGUACUGGCGUUGAAACGCACAGGGGGUGCGAGCGCCGGGAAAUUCGACUUCCCGGAGAAGGCGUUGCGGCCUGACUUCGCCUCAGAGGAACAGUGGGAUUUGCUGUGCAGCAGCGCUACGCCAGUGAGGAAGGCCGCGGGGAUCGCUGUUGAUUUGCUGAACAACCUGCUGGAGGCCAAGGGCCGACCGUCCAUGGCUGGUGUGAACUUGGAGAUGUCCAGCUUUGAAAGUGGCCUCAGCUGGCCCAGCACUUCCACCAUGACCUCGGUCCUUGCGCAUGGGAACACCCGGAGGAAGUGGACCAUGGUGGUGUGUGUCGCCAUUUUGCUGGCGAUUGUCAUAUUGGUGAUUGCUGCUGUCAUGUACUUCCAAGACUCCUCAAAGCAGGACGCGAAUACUGGCAGCACCAGCAUGAGCAGCAUGCAGGAGACUCAUAAGAUCGUUGGAGAAGCAUUGCGCUUUCUGAGAGCUCGGAAGUAA